AUGGUUCGCGUGAAGACGAUCGAGAUACGCUGGCACGCGGGCGACGAGAAGACCAAUCAACCGAUCUUAUCGUGCGAUUUCAACCCGAGAACGGGCAUACUCGCGACCGCGGGCGCUGAUCGCGAGAUCAAGCUCUGGAGCGUAGAUGCGGACGCGGACAGAGAAAUCAGCGUGACGCACAGUGAGACGCUCACUGGACACGCGCGGGCGGUGAACUGCGCGCGGUGGAACACUCGCGGAGACAUGCUGGCGUCUGCUGGGGACGGUGGAGAGGUGCUGGUGUGGCGACGGACGGAGGAGGCGUCGACGUCGACGAAUGCGCAUGGCGACGCGGUAACGUGGAAGCCCGCGAGGACGCUUCGGGGACACUUGGACGAUGCGCUGGACGUGAGUUGGGGUCCGAAUGAGACGCUUGCAAGCGCAUCAGUAGAUAACACGACGAUUCUAUGGAACGUUGAGAGCGGGUCCGGAUUGGUGAAGCUACAAGAGCACUCGCAUUACGUCCAAGGUGUGGCUUUCGAUCCUCGAGGCGAAUACGUGGUAUCGCAGUCGCCUGAUCGCACCGCGCGCGUGUACACCCUGGGUGAACGCAUUACGAGUAAGAGUGUGAAACACGCGAAGAUGAUCAAGACGCUAGAAGAUCCGAGCGGUUGCGCGAGUAUGCGUGAUGACUCCAUGACUUCCUUCUUCCGCCGACCGGCGUGGAGCUUGGACGGCUCAUUCUUCGUGCUUCCGGCGGGCAUGUUCAAGCGAUCUAGCGCGGAGCGUUCGUUGAACACGAGCUUGGUUUUCGCUCGUCAUGAUUUCAACGUCCCGGCCAUGCACCUUCCGGGCGGUGAAACCCCGUCGGUGUGCGUGAGAUUCAACCCGGUGCUCUUCGUCAAGCGUGAAAGACAGUGCGAGCACGUUCCCACGGAUUUGGCGUACAGAAUCGUCUUCGCCAUCUGCUCGCAAGACAGCGUGACAGUUUACGACACGAGCGAAAGCGAACCGAUUGUACAUGUUUCGGGGAUCCAUUGCACUUCCAUCACGGACGCGUCGUGGCAUCCGGACGGUCACACGCUUGUGGUCACGAGCACCGAUGGCUUCGCAUCUGUCGUUGCGUUCAGAAAGGGUGAGUUGGGGGCGGUCAUGUUAGAGGCGGACGUCCCUGAAGAUGUCCGAAGCUUGCUUCCGUCGGUCAGAGCUCGACAGAAGCCGCCCUCAUCGGAGAUACAAUGCGCACCACUCGUGCCGCGUGCGGAGACUGUCAAAACGAAAGCCGUGCCGGUGCGCGUAGCUCCUGUUCGCAUUGCACCCAUACCGAUGUAA